UGUAGUUCAGUACGCUCUUCGACGUUCAAUCUCGUGAUUGUUUUUUUUUUCUUGUUUACUUAACGCGGAGUGUCUUUUUUCGCGAUGAUAAUUUACGGGUUAGUGUCCGUGUUUUUCAUUACUACGAUCGUGACUGGCGCGGUUAUCAACGGACCCGCCAAACGUGUACCUGCACACGAAUCCAACAAUAUUGAAGCCAACCAUGCAGCUACUCCAAUUGAAAUAAUGACCACUGUCAAACCGGCCCAAUCACCCUUAAUCACUUGUUUCUGUAACAUGCCCGAAUGCUUAUCCCCUGCCGGAGGUGAUGGUACCUGCUCUACUCGUCUGGGAUGUUUUUCCGAGGUUCGCACAGCUAUUCCACCGAUGGGAGAAAUUUUAAGAUCUACGGACUUUGCAGGAAAUGAAACCAUCUACGCUGACAAUGCCCCCGCAGUUUUUCCAACUAUUCCUAAAAUUUCUAAUGGUGGAACCACUUCAAAUGCCACAGAACCUUCAUCCGUAAGAGGUUCAUACGGCUGCUUAGACUUGUUGCAUUACUCCAAACAACCUUGUGAUGAAAUCUUAAAAUCUAUGGAAUCAGAUGCUUCUGAAUUCCCAGUCAUCCAAGCUCCUACAAACACUGCUCAACCUUCUAACAACGCUCUAGUGCUCGCUUUUCAUUGCUGCCAGACUCCAAGAUGCAAUGGAAAUCAAUCGGGCCCAGCAGAAGGUUCUGUCAAAUCGGCUCAAGCCGUACUCGUAGCUGCAUUAAAAAGUUCUCUCGCCAUGAGUAAUGAACCAAAAUCUGAAAUCGAACAGCAUUCUACAGCAAAGGUGGCAGUGGACCCCGUAACAACCAAAUUAUCUUCUGCAGAUAUUGCUCAAAUGACAAGAGAAACGUUUGAGGAAAUUGGACCUGCAUUACUCGUUUUGGGUGAACCUUUUCCUCCAUCUGCCCUUAAAAAUGAAAUCUCCCAGAAGAUCAUUUCCGCCGCCCCCAUUGUGAUGCAACCGAUAUUGCCUGCAGAGGCCGUACCGGUUCAGCAGGAUGUAAUUCACAAUGAAACUGUCGGAAAUUUGGGACAUGUUGUUGCUAAACGUCACGACAGUCAAAGUGUCGCACCAAUUAUGAAACAGACCACCUACGACCAGGAAAACAUUGGAGACUUUGACGAUGACAUCGCAGCUGAGGUUGCAGCCGCUUCCGCCACUGCUAAGUCACUUCCUAUGCUCGACCAACAGAACUUUGAGUCUUCGUGGACUCCUCGUCACGGCGGCGUGCCAGAUUUUGUACCACCUCCAACCCUGCAAAAGGAUAACGACUCCUAUUUACCCUCUUACGUCAACAACAACUACGUCAACGAUGACAGUGGCAUAAACAAUUGGAUGAUCGGCAUAACCUGCGCCAUCGUUGUGGCGAGCAUAGUCGGUCUAUCGCUGUUGAUAAUGUCCGUCUUCAAAAUCAUACGCAAGUCGGACAUAUUCAGAAACUACAAGAGCGUGUGCAGCAACCCGGGAGAACCGUGCGCAUGCAACGGCGGGAUGACCAGACGCCGGCCGCGCGCGCAGCCCGAUCUCGACGCCGCGGUCGCCGCGUUACGCCGCAGCACCACCUCCACCACCGCGCCGCUGCUGCCGCCCCCCAACCCCGGCCGCAAGAACCGCGGCGGCGGCGGCCACGCCAACGCCGGCGCGUCGUACAACGACUCGACGGGCGACACCACGUACGUUUUCACCACCAUACCUGUGCCCGACAACGUGCUGCCGCUCAUACCGGUGGUCCGCCGUUAGCGCUUGGACGUGUCGCAGUCCAAAGCGCCCGCACCCCAGGAGAGAAGGUACCUAUCAUGAUGUCGUUGUCGUGCGCGCGCUAUUAAUAUACAUAAUUAUAUAUAAUAUUGUUUUGAAUGUCGCAAUGUUGUGCCGGGUGUUUGCCGUGUGUGUUACUGUAUCGGUGUCAAUGACGACGACGGCGAGAGCGUAUAUUAUCACAAAAUCGCACGUCAUUCCCGUGUCCGUAUCUGCACACGCGCAAUGCACAAUAUUGUAUAUAUCAUUACAUGUAUAUAUAUAUAUAUUAUGGCGUAGAUGGAUGAUAGGUAUAUUAUUAUUUUUUGUAUUUGUAAAUCGCGUGUUCUUUGGCUAAGACUGAUGAGGAGAAUAUUAUUAUUAUACUAUUAUUUUCUUUUUCUUUUUUUUUUUCUUUUAUUAUCAUCGUAUCAAUGUAUAAUCCACUAAGGGACGAACAGGUUAGAUUAGACUAUUAAUUGGUCAAGUUAUAAUAAAUAUUAUAUAGCUAUUAGUUGUUGUCGACUGCCGUAAGCCUGGGACGGAAAGCGCUGACAUUGCAGGGUCCAACUGUACCUAUACUUAUACUCAUGUAUUAACACCGACCAGUGAAACUAUUACACCGCCUCGUCCGAGUUUCGCCGAGUGCAGUUGUUCGGAUCAACUCGGUUAUCGCUAUAUCCUUGUACCGCUAUACAUGUAGUUACAAUAUAAUUAUGAUUCUGCACACAUAACAACAUUUCUAAACUUAAUAUACAAUAUAAUAUACGAACCUUUCGAAUGAUGUGUAAAUAUCCCUCAUACUAUGCACUCGGGAUUUUAUACAACUAAUUCGUUUUUGUUUCAAGCUUUUAAAAUUAUCUCGAUUUAUAGUUUAUACUGACGUUGUUUUUAUUAGAUGCGUGCUCGCCAACUAGAUAAUUCGAUUGGUAAAGGAUAAUGAAUGCGAAACGGUUAAUUACAGUAUUUCCAUACGGUUUGAUUAGACAUUUCUUAAAUUUUUACGGUAUUAUAACCGUAUUGACAAAGCAACUUAGUAAUUCCCAGUCUUACGGUAUUUAUAUAUUAUUAUUUUUAAACGAAUGCGGAGGGUGCUGGGAGAUGAAUCCUAAUAUAUAAUAUCCUUCUAGAACGUAAUACUUUUACGUUUAUGGAUCGUUUCAUUUGUGUCAUCUCUAUCUAGACGCCCCUUCUGGCACCCACCCGCACAUCGAAUUAAUGCGCUUUUUUUUAUUAGGUAUUAUAUAUUAUUAUAUUAUAGGUAUACAUUUUAAUUUUGAUAUAAUUUCUAAUAAUGUCUUACGAUAGAAUUAUGUGGCUCGUUUACGUCGACUAUUUAUGUUUAUUGUUCACAAACAACUAAUUAAUCAACAUUUACAUGUAUUUUCUUAAUUACAUAUUGCUUUUAUCAUAAACGUACGAUAAUUGUAAGAUACUAUUCUAAACUAUCAUAAAGUUCCGUGUGGACUGUGUAGUGAGUGUUAAAAUAUAUUUUAUUUUUAAUAAUUGAAAGGUAUACAGUGUCAACUACAUUUAAUUAAAAAUAAAAUCGGUUAAUCAAAUUGCCAACAAAUUUUUAACACACGCCUUACACGUUCUACACGGAAUUUGGAAUAGGCAUUAGUGUAAUAGUAUCUUUGCUGUUAUUUAACACUUUUUUUUUUUAUUAAUAAUGAUAUAAUUACUAUAUUUUGUACACGAUUAUUACCAUGAUGCAUAUAGUAAGACACUAAUGUAGCAACAGGUCCGUGCCUAUAAUUCCGAUCGUAUCGUUUUUAAAUCCUUAUUAUUUACUCUCAUUAUAUUAUAAUACUUUUUGACUUUUAAGAACUAAUAACGAAAAGAAAUAAACAGAUAUUUUGAGAGAGAGAGAGAGAGAGAGAGAGAGAGAGAGAGAGUUUUUCAUUCAAUCACUAUCAAAUUUUUACAUUACGUCAUACUGCUAUCUGACAUAAUAGCUCUUUUUUUUAUAAACAUAUAAUAAUUAUUGUAUUAGUCGAUAGUAAACUAGCCAAUUUUCUCUAUUUGAAUUUUAAACUAUUAUUUUUA